GGCAGCGCCUGCGCAGUGAGAGGCGAAAAAAAAAAAAGCCGGCUGAGAGGUUUCCAGGCUGGUUGACGGACUGAGGGCAACGGUGGUUCGUUCGCCGACUCCGGAGUAGCCGCUUUGCCCUUCGCCUAGUCGGGACCAUGGCUAGCCCAAGAACAAGGAAAGUCCUUAAAGAAGUGAGAGUGCAAGACGAAAACAAUGUUUGUUUUGAGUGUGGUGCAUUUAACCCCCAGUGGGUGAGUGUGACCUAUGGAAUUUGGAUCUGUCUGGAGUGCUCAGGAAAACACAGAGGCUUGGGGGUUCAUCUGAGUUUUGUGCGCUCUGUCACAAUGGACAAAUGGAAAGACAUCGAAUUGGAGAAAAUGAAGGCCGGCGGUAACCUGAAAUUCCGAGAGUUUUUAGAGUCUCAGGAUGAUUAUGACCCUUGCUGGUCGUUGCAAGAGAAGUACAACAGCAGAGCUGCAGCACUGUUCAGAGAUAAGGUGGCCGUGUUAGCUGAGGGCAAAGAAUGGUCCUUUGAAACCUCUGCUGCUCGGAACUGGAACCCUCCGCAGCCCAAGGUUGCUUUGUCCUCAGUUCAUCGAAGCUCUGGGGCGCAACCGCAGAAUACCGGUCCCACUUCUGAUAAAGCAUUUGAAGAUUGGUUGAAUGAUGACGUUGGUUCCUAUCAAAGCGGCCAAGAAAAUCGCUACGUUGGGUUUGGGAACACAGUCACUCCUCCAAAAAAAGAAGAUGACUUCCUCAAUAAUGCUAUGUCUUCUCUCUACUCAGGCUGGAGUAGUUUUACAUCUGGAGCAAGCAAGUUCGCCUCUGCAGCUAAAGAGGGUGCUAGCAAGUUUGGAUCUCAAGCAACUCAAAAGUUUUGGGGCCAGAAACAGCAGGCAGAGCCGGCGUCAGAGUUAGGUCAGAGUUUAAAUGAAAAUGUUCUCAAACCUGCACAGGAAAAGGUGAAAGAUGGAAAAGUCUUCGAAGAUGUUUCCCAGGGAGUCUCGCAUUUUGCUUCUAAGGUCCAGGGAGUAAGUACUAAAAGCUGGCGAGAUAUGACCACUUUCUUUUCUGGAAAAGCAGACGGGUCUUCUGAAAGGCCACCGGAAGCGGAGAGCUACCAGAACAGCAAAAACGAAAGCUACCAGAACAACUCCGUGGAUCAGAGUUUCUGGGAGACCUUCGGCAAUUCAGACCCACCCAAAACCCACAAGUCCCCGAGCAGCGACAGCUGGACGUACGUGGACAAUUCGGCGGAGAAGAAAAGCUCUGACAGCUGGGAUGUUUGGGGUUCGGGCACCGUUUCCAACAACAAGAACAGUAAUGGCGACAGCUGGGAAAACUGGGAGACCAACUGGGAGAACACCGCCGGGGAGGGCAAAGCCAAAAAGGGCACAAAAGAACCCUCUUCGGCCACCGAAGAAGAAUGGGACAAUCACAACUGGUAGGACCCGUCCUCUAACCAGCGUAGCAGAAGAGGGGGGGGGAAAUAACCCACACCUCCGAUGGAAGAAUCUCCCACAUAACUGGACUAGCAUCCGUUGGAGUUGGCCUCUUUCAACUUCGCGCCCGCUGUUCCAUUCUCUUUCCACCUCCUGUUUACAACUACCACCACCACCACCACCACAAAAAACAAACACACAUGAGUUUGCGGAUUCUUGUAAUUAUCAUACAAAAGAGCCAAGUCGUGUCACGUUAGAUAAUAUCCUCACCGUGCUGCUGUCUUUGUAGGUUUGCCAAACCUCGAAAGCUCGGAGGAAGCGAGUCCAUGCAAGUCUUACCAUCCUAGCCACAACCUUCGCAUGUGUAACUUGCCCAACUUCUUUUGGGGACUUCAGCUGACAUUCUGGAGGACUUUGGGUAGUCUGAUACGUGUGUGUGGGGGGGUGUAGGGGUGACAUAUUCAGCCAAGUGAUAUAUUAUUGUGACUGAGAUGGGAUGGCUUGGAAUCGAGCCAAAAUAUAUAUUAUUUAAGAUAUUGUAGAAGCAUCUGUUGGCUGGAUCCAGAUUUAUUUAGAGGGUGUGUUCUUUUCUCUCUUUUUUUGAAGGACGCUGUCCACUUAAUAAUUUCAGUUCUCUUAUUUAGAAGGCAACAGACAGCAUUUCUAAAAGCUUUUUUUGGUUUUGUUUUUUUUAAAGUUCCCGUUCUUGGCUUCGGCUGCUUUCGACAGGCGUGUGUAAGAUUCCUCAUCUUUUCUUUCCUUUUUUUUCCCUUUUUAUACAUUAAAUUAAAUCAUCUCAAUUCUCUUUCUCCAUUUGAGGUUCCACAAGCGUAAUGUGGAAUUUUAGCGUAAUGGCUGGAUACAAACAGGGAUGGAAAAACAGGCAGGAUAGGUGACAGUUUUCAUAAACGGAACAUGCCAAUGUCAGAAGCAAACAUCUUUCGAACCAAACCAAAGCCAAUAACAAUUUGGAACUUUGCACUUAUAAAAUAUAAAGAUUAUAAGAUUCCACAUGAGUUUUCCUCUUUCCCUUCUGCCCACCCCCCAUCCCCGUGCCCGGCAGGAGACUACUGAAAAAUAAUCAGAUUACAGUGUCUAUCAUUUUGAGCUAUGUUGCAUGAAUUUGAGGAAAAAUUCCAGUAUCCUUUUCUACAAAGGUCUGAUGUCAAUUCUGUUUUUGGUGCUUGUGAUCAGUAAAUCGUUUUUUAUGAUCUAUGUAUAUUUAAAUACUACAGUGUUAGACCGCUAAGAGGCAGGAAACACUGAAUCGUGGUAUAAUUGGCUGGAUGUCAAAAUGAGGCAUUUGGGGGAACCAGGAUGAAACUCUGGUUUCUUUUAUCUUAAGAAAACCUUUGGCUUGGCUAAUGAACUGUGUGAUGUCUGAGCGCCUGGAUACUUGGGAAUUUCCAGUUUUUCUCAGAAUUUAGCUGAAAUCGUCUGCUGUAUAUAACUGUGUGUGUAUAUCAGUGCACAUAAACACACAGAGAUCAUAAAGUAUUAAUAGUUUCCUACAAUUUUUAUGUAUUGUUCAAUAUGUCAGUAUCUAUCUUGUGAAGAAAUAUGAAGUACUUGA